GCGCGCCGUGGGGUCCGGCUCCGUCCCCGCCUCCCCGCCGCCGCCGCCGCCGCCGCCGCCGCCGCCGCCGCCGCCAUGUUCAGGAGCCUGCUGGUGGCGGCGGCGCAGCGGCCCCAGGCCCCGGGCGGGCCCCCGCGGCCGCCCCCCGGCGCCGGCCCCGCCGCCGAGGCGCUGGAGGCGCAGUUCAGCUGCCCCAUCUGCCUCGAGGUGUUCCACCGCGCCGUCGGCAUCGCGGGAUGCGGACACACGUUUUGCGGGGAGUGCCUGCAGCCCUGCCUGCAAGUGCCAUCCCCUCUGUGCCCGCUCUGCCGCAUGCCCUUCGAUCCCAAGAAGGUGGAGAAGGCUUCCAGCGUGGAGAAACAGCUUUCAUCCUACAAGGCUCCCUGCAGAGGCUGCAGCAAGAAGGUGACCCUCGCAAAAAUGCGCUCUCACGUCUCGUCCUGCGCAAAGGUGCAGGAGCAGAUGGCCAACUGCCCCAAGUUCGUUCCGGUUGUCCCCACAUCCCAGCCUAUUCCCAGCAAUAUUCCCAAUCGCUCCACGUUCGUGUGCCCGUACUGUGGGGCCCGGAACUUGGACCAGCAGGAGCUGGUGAAGCACUGCAUGGAGAACCACCGCAAUGACCCCAACAAAGUGGUGUGCCCGGUCUGCUCAGCCAUGCCCUGGGGGGACCCCAGCUACAAGAGCGCCAACUUCCUCCAGCACCUCCUCCACAGGCACAAGUUCUCCUAUGACACCUUCGUGGACUACAACAUCGACGAGGAGGCCGCGUUGCAGGCAGCCCUGGCACUGUCGCUGUCUGAGAACUGAGGGUGACCGUGGAGCACCAGACCCCGUCUCCUUUUGCACACUCAGCCGUCCCACCAGGGAGGCACAGAGCUCAUCGCCCCCGUGGAGAACCGCUGCUGCUGCUCUUCCCUCUCCUCUCUGGGCACAUCCCACCUUGUUUAAGAAGGUGGAGUGUCCUUAUGUCGCACUGGACUGGUGAGUGAGCAGAGACUUCGCUGCAAGGAGGAGGGCAGAGUCGGCGCCGGAGGGACGGGAUCGUUCCUCCGUUAGGCAUUUCAUACCCGUAUACGGAGUAUAUACCUGUGUCCAGAUCUAUUUAUUAUUAGAUGCUUUUUGGCACCAUUUGUCUUCAUGCUCUCUGUUGCAAUUGAAUAGGUACGUCAAACUUGGGUGCAUUUUAUGCAGAAAUGCCCUAGUUGGAACCUUUAAUCAUCCAUGUCCUUUGUGGGAAGGAAGAAAACAGCGCGGAGCAUCUUUUGGGUUUUUAAACUCUAUAAGGUUAUUGCCAGAGACAUCGAUCUGCCCCAUCCCCUGUGCUGCUUCCUUUGCUGCCCAGACCAGGCUGAAUCCCAGGGCAGGACGGUUGCCCUCAUGCUGACAAUGGGUUCGGAGGAGUCCACAACAAUGGCAUCCAGUGAAACUCUCACCUUCCUCGUUUUGUACCGGCUCUUGUGAUACUGAGUUCUUGCGUUUUUCUACAUGAAAUCGGCGUGAUGCCUUUUCCACAUUUUAUAGAGCGGGAAUAGAAGCUGUUAACCCUUCACGCUGCAAUAUCCGUCACUGAGGACAAGAGUAUUUUUAUGGAACAUACAUUAUUAAGAAAGUCUAUUUUUAAAACAAAAAAAUACCCCAAACAAAUGAACACGCUGUGGAUUUGAAAUCAGGUGGGAUGCAGCAGCCGGACCCCAGACUGAUGGAUGCGCCUGGAUGUCCUCUUUGGUUAUUUCUGGUCCAUUCCCUUCCCUCGUUGGCAUGUUGUGGCACAGGACAGGCUGGGUCAGAGCAGCACCUCGUUGGCUGGAGGUGCCAAGCAGCUCUCCAAGCUGCCUUUUUGAGGAGCUGCAGCAUCACUUGUGUUGUCCAGCAGCUGCUUGGCUGGCUGCUGACCCUGUCCAGGACGUGUGGUCAGGCUCGGGAUGGCUGAGCCCUUGCAGGCGUUGCUCCUUGGCACUGCUGUACUGUGGUUUAUGGUCUGUAAGGGAGCAGGCGGGUCAGUUGUGAGGUGCUGGCACUCACUGUGGAGCAGCCGGGCUGUGUCUGGGUGAUGGGUGUGCAGGAGGGACGUCCGCCUGUGCAGGAUCUCAUCCCCAGCACUGAGCGUCUUGUCCCCCUGAAAUAGGGGAUUGCAUCUCCCUUUCCCUGGGAAUAGGGCACACUUGGACAGAUGUUGGCCCAAGAGAUGCUCCAUAGCAUCCUGGUGACCUGUCUUCUUCCAUGUCUCCUUCCUCUCUGCCCUCCCUGCCUGCUGCUGGUGGGGUUUGCUUUGCUGGGCUGGGAGAGGGUGGAAGGGGGAUCUCCACCAGGCUUUGGCUGUGCUGCUGCCAGCCUGAGUGUGCCCCCCCCGUACAGCAAAAAUCAUGUCCCAUAUGAAGGGUCUUCACUGGUGCUUGGGGAGAGGAGCUUUGUGCUGGGGCCCUGCCACCUUUUGGGGUCUUACCAGGGACUGGAUCAGCCCAGGGCGCUCAGUGAAGGAACUGUGAUGCACGAUACCUUCCAGCGAGGGUUUGCAGGCAAGAGGGGUGGGAGAGCACUCCCUCUGCAUGUCCCUGCUUGGAGAAGUGGUUUAUCUGAGGCUCCAGCUCUGCUCCAGCAAUACUGUCCUGGUUUUUACCUUUGAUUUGAAUGGUACUGGGUGGUUUGGGGGCUGUGAGCUCCCUGUGCUGCCAGCAGCCCCGUGAGGAGACCAUGGCAGAGGGCAGGGAAAGGGCUGGAGCUGCUCUGCUGCGCUAGUGGGGAGGGAUGGGGUCUUCCUUUACCAGCAUUGCUGGUACCUGCCCAGCCUGGGAUAUGGCCCUGGUGGGAUGGAGAGCACUGGUAUCUCCAGAAGGGACCCAGGAGGGUUUCCCUGUCCCAUCCCUUGCUGGGACCCUCAUAUCCCAGAGCAUCCUCCAUCAGCUCUCACUUGCAGGGAGCUCCCCACCUCUGGAACAGCACUGUUAACCUCUUGUCUCCUUUGUUCCUUCCUCUUCCUUUCUGCCCCACAGCGCCAGAGCAGGGGCAGCAAGAGCUGCUUUUGUAAAGCACUUUAAAGGCGCAGGCAGGCACUGCACGGGCAGCUCCUGCCUCUCCCCACGGCGCCGGCUCCGGCCGGGAUGUGCCGGGAAUGCUGCCGUGGCUCAUCCGUGUGUUCCCCGUGACUUUUUGCAUAUCCAGAACUUUUACUGUUUUUUGAUGAAGAAUCAGAUCAAUGACGUAUUUGUAGCAAACCAUUUUUCUCAAUAAAGGCAGUUUCAUCCA